AUGGAGGUUAUAAAAACGACACCCACUAGAAUAAAAGCAUACAUAUUCAACCGUAACAAGAUCACCGCGAAACAAAAUGGCCGCCUGAACAACCCCGUUCCACGUCACCUGAAGACCGUUCGGUAUCAUUCCGGUGCGAUGCAGAUCUCCGUGUACCUGACAGCCCUGGUGCUCACGAUAGCAGCGGAGGAGAAACCGACGAACACGGUCUCGGUGUCCUCCGGCUCGCCGGCGAUCCAGAGCAACACAAUCCAGAAGCUGAUCAAGAUCCUGGAAAAAUACGGGCUGGAGGAGCAGAGGGGCCUGAAGAGGGUAUAUCUGAGCAACAGGUCGAUCACUUGCAACGAUGGAUCACAGGCGGGAUUCUACCUGCGGAAGUCGCACGGCUCGAAGAGGUGGAUCAUUUUCUUGGAAGGCGGCUGGUACUGCUACGACCACAAGAGCUGCAGGAACAGGUGGCUCCGGCUCAGGCAUCUGAUGACAUCGACUCAGUGGCCUGAGACACGCGACGUUGGCGGUCUUCUGUCAGCAAACCCAGAAGAGAAUCCAUUCUGGUGGAACGCGAAUCACGUAUUCGUCCCUUAUUGCACGAGCGACAGUUGGAGCGGUACCAGAGCCUCGCCGAACGACAUGUUUUCCUUCAUGGGGGCAGAGAUCGUGUUGCAAGUGGUGCGGGAUCUCGUUCCGCUCGGUCUUGAAAACGCCAGCUCCCUUCUUUUGGCAGGCAGCAGCGCGGGUGGAACCGGUGUCAUGUUGAAUUUGGAUCACGUGCACAAUUUGGUUCGCCACGAAUUAGGGUUGAAGCAUAUUGCAAUAAGGGGUGUCUCCGAUUCGGGGUGGUUCCUGGACAGGGCACCCUAUUCGCCGAACGGUUUGUCACCCGUCGACGCAGUCCGCAAGGGGAUGGAGCUUUGGAAAGCUCGAAUACCUCGUAAUUGCGCCUCAAAGCAUCCAAAUGAGCCCUGGAGAUGCUACUUUGGAUACAGACUGUAUCCAACCCUCACCGCGCCCCUGUUCGUUUUUCAAUGGCUGUUCGACGAGGCGCAGAUGUCGGCGGACAACGUGGGUGCACCAGUGACGAAGCAGCAAUGGGAUUACAUACACAAGAUGGGCGACAGCCUGCGGCAGACCUUCGAAAAUGUUACAGCGGUCUUUGCCCCGAGCUGCAUUAGUCACAGCGUCCUGACGAAGAGGGAUUGGCAGCUGGUUAAAAUAGACGAAGUUUCCUUGGCACAGGCGUUGCAUUGUUGGGAACAAAUGCCAAUCGGGAAUCACCGUAACGACACCCACUCGCCAAUCGAGACGAACCAGCCGUGCGCGAAGUCGCUCCGGAAACUGUUGCGUUCCGGACCGACGAAGGGAAACGGAACUUCCCCAGAGCCCGGGAAAACCGUGAAGACCGAUUCCGCGUCGGAACUGCAGAGAGUCGCGUCUACGGUCGUUAGAAAGUCGGACGAGGGGAGAUCGUCGACGUCCACGGCGCAGGAACGCGAGAACAAAAAGAGGAAGAGACGGAAGCACAAAGGCAGACGACGGGACCGGAACAAGGAGGCGAGAACGAAGAAGGAGAAGCACGAGCGGCGAAAGACUGCAGGUCGGCGAAAGGGCAACAAGCAGAACAAUGAGAACAACCACACGGGCAUGUUCAACGGCACCAGGCCACAGCGCUCGGUGAUACCAUCUGGCAAACGGAAGUGCGUCCAGGGCUGCCACUUCCGGCUAAUCGAACGUUGCACUUGGCCGCAGUGUAAUCACAGCUGCCCGAAGCUUCACAACCCGUUCACCGGCGAGGAGAUGGACUUCAUCGAGCUGUUGAAGAGCUUCGGUCUGGACUGCUGA